GCAGUCUCUGGCGAAAUCAUGAAGCGUGGAGUUAGGCAUCGCGCGAGCAUCUUUAUGAAUGGAUAUUUACAGUAUUCUGAUGCUCUAAGGAUUUUUAUACGUUGAUUGCGAUGUGACCAGAUUUGAAAAGUACUUCGACCAAAAUUGGCGGUAAAAUCAAAUAUAUCGCGGUUUGAUCAUUGAAUUUAUCACUCGUUAAAUAUUUGCUGUCACGCCCUCUAGUCUUUAUAUAUGAUUAUUCAUAUAUCUUAAUAAAUUUUAUGCAAUGACUAUGAGCGAAAAAGAGUUGGUGUCAAGUAAAGAAUUGCAAAACAGAUGCCAUGGCUGGGUGGAAUCUCAGCAAGAGCUUUUAUACUCCGAGGAUAAUGUCUUGAAAAGAAAAUUAGACACCGAACCAGAAGAGUUCUUUGAUACUGACUCGGAAUUUGACUCAGUUUCUGAAUGCGGAACUAAAAGACGCAGGGUGUUGAAACAAGUGAAAGAUGAGGUUUUGAAUUUGCUGUGCGAAUGGAAGGAUUGUUUGUUUGACACCAAUUCUCUUGAUAUUUUUGUCAAACACGUUUCCAACCACAUUCCGCAGCUCAAGAUCGUUACUACAGAAGAAGGUCGGGAAGUUUAUGCGUGUCUGUGGAAUGGCUGUUCCUUCGAAUCUGAUAUUUCUGACGAUAUAGCCAAACACGUUAAUUAUCACUCCUAUCAUACAAAGUUGAAAUGUAUUGGAUCUAACAUCAGAGGAAGAGUUAAAUUGCCUAAAUGUUACCAAGACCAGGGUUUGAAAAAUGUGAUUGACCAGCCAUUGCCUCAGAUCUGCAGUUGGGAAGAAUGCCUAAAAUCUUUCAAUAACUACCAGGCCUACUUGUGGCAUGUUGUUACACACAUUGAAACUAAUCCACGUGGAAAUAAGGUAGAGGGAGGAGUAAAUUGUCUAUGGACAGGUUGUAAUGGUAACUACAAAAGUUUGUACAAGCUUCGAGAGCACGUCAGAUGUCACACAAAGGAGAAGAUGGUUGCUUGCCCAGAUUGCGGUGCUACAUUUGCUUCCAAUACCAAAUUUCAUGAUCACUGCAAACGCCAGAUUCCUUUGGAUCUGCAAGGCUUUCAAUGUUCACACUGCAACAAGUAUUACCCAACAGAAAGUAUACUGAGAAAUCACAUGCAUUUCCAUGUAUUUCAUUAUAAAUGCACUAUGUGCGAUAUGAGUUGCGAGUCACCGGCAAGUUUGGCAAAACACAUAAGAUAUCGCCAUAUAUCCAGCAGACCAUUCAAAUGUCAGUUGUGCACACAUGCAGCUAAAUCUGAGCAAGACUUGGAUUCACACAUGGCAGUUCAUACAAGAGGACCGAAUUUCAUCUGUACUGUAGAUGGUUGUUCCUAUGGAUGCAAAAACUCAUACAUGAUGGACAGACAUAUGGAACGUGUGCAUUCAAAAUUCCUCAGAUUUUAUUGUUGCCACGAAUGUCCAGUAAAAUACCGUAAGAGCUAUCGUCUUACCAAGCAUUUGAUUGAAACUCAUCACUUGCAAUGGCCAAACGGGCACAAACGGUUUCGUUAUAAGAAAGAUGAGGAUGGCUGCUAUCGACUGCAAGUUGUGCGUUAUGAAACCUUGGAUGAGGAUACUGUCAAAAUGACAGGAGAGUCCGCACCAAAGGAAAAGAAUUACUUAUUGGAGCUAUCGGCUGGUUCUUCUGUACCAAAGUUGAAGAUAACAGAAGAGGUGGAGAAAAGUCUCAAUUCUGAUUACCUCAAAAUGUCCAAACAUGAAGCUGCUAACGAGACUGGCAAAUCGAUGCCUAUUGUUUCAAAUAUUUUGAUAUGGAUUGACGAAGUUGAUGAAGAUGGGAAUAUUAUCGAAAGUAGAGUUGUCGAAACUCAGGAGACCAAUGAGCUACCUCCAUCUGCAGAACCGCCAAUAAUAAUAAAGUAGAGAUCACCUCUUCGUUUUACAUGUAGAUACAUACCUAUGUUGUCAAAGCAAUAAAAUACUUUACUAAAUUUUGUAUCAAGUUACAAUAAUGAAUCUUCAGAAUUCUAAAAGCAACAAUCAAAACAAUUUUUUCCCAUCAAUAUUUGUGACGUUUGUUUUGAGACAUGCCGUGUCUUAAUUUACCCAAGGCACUUAAACCUGAGUACUCAGUGGGUCAGUGGGCUUACUUGCAUGAUUGUGACAAAACACUGUUUCGUCGUGAGUAUGCAAGUAUGUAAGUGUAAGUGGUUCAGGUGAAUUAAGACACGG